ACAAGGACUGACUGCUUACAUCUGAGCUACAGCUCUCAUGUCUCCCAUUUGGCUUGGACAAAUAUGUUUGGUCCUGCUGCUGUGCAGGAUUGUGGCAUUGAGAGCCAACAGCAGAUCUAAUCGAAGGAAACGAGAGUGGAUUCUUCCACCAACAAGACUUUAUGAGAAUAUUGACUACACAAAAGAGGAGUUUGUGGCAAAAAUCCGAUCUGAUAAAGAUAUUAACUGGCAGAUGGUGGAAUAUGGACUAACAGGUCACGGCGCUGACAAGGCACCCUAUAACUUGUUUGUUAUCAAUCCUGAAAAUGGCUAUGUUAGGGUCACCAGCCUGCUAGACAGAGAGAAAACAUCCUUAUACAAUCUGACUGGCAUAGCAAAAUUUCGCAACGGAUCAAUAGCAGAAGAAAACAUUGAGCUGAAGAUCAAAGUUGAGGAUCAGAAUGAUAACCCACCAAUAUUCAAAUUACAGAGGGGAUCUGUGAGGGAAAGCAGCAAGAUUGGAACACCUGUCAUGCAAAUAAAAGGUACUGAUGCGGAUGAACCGGACACUCUUAAUUCCAAAAUAGCAUACAGUAUAUUAAGGCAAACCCCAGCCGAAUCUGGGCAUACGUUCUCCAUUGAUAAAACAACUGGGAUAGUCUAUGUGAAGGAGAAAACCCUGGAUCGAGAGAGACACGACAAAUAUACUUUAAUAGUUCGAGGAGUUGAUAUGAACGGAGCUUCGUCUGGCAACACAGGAACAGGCACUGUGCAAAUUCAUAUUUUGGAUAUAAAUGACAAUGUUCCCACUCUUGAGAAAGAAGAGUAUUCAGGCAGUGUUGAUGAAGGUGUGAUUGAUGUGGUUGUCAUGAGAAUUAAAGCCCUGGACAAGGAUCUGGAAUGCACUGAUAACUGGCUGGCAGUGUUUGAUAUCCAUAAAGGAAAUGAAGACAAUCUCUUCUCAAUCGAAACGGACCCUAAAACGAAUGAGGGAAUUCUAAAACUUGUCAAGCCUGUUGAUUUUGAAAAGGUAAAAGAAUUGGACCUCAGUUUGGUCAUUUCAAAUGUAGCUCCUUUCAUAAAUGGAAGUGCUUUAGAGCUGGACAUUAAUCUGGACAAGGAUUUAGGGGCUGGCGCGGGCCUAGGAGCUGGAGCUGGAGCUGGAGCUGGAGCUGGAGCAGGUUUGGAAGCGGGGUUAGGAGUAGGCUUAGGUUUGGGAGUAGGACUGGAUGCUGGAUUGGAUGUAGAUGCUGGAUUGGAUCUGGGUGCUGGAGUGAAUGUGGGAGUGGAUGCAGGUGGUGAUGUUGGGCUUAAACCUGAUGGUAAGCCUGGAGUUAAGCCUGGAGCCAAGCCUGGCCCCUCACCUGGUGUCAAGCCUGGAACAAAACCAUCUGGCAAACCUGGAUCUGAGCCUGAUAAAAAAACAGCUGGGAAAGGUUACCCAGUUAAGAUCAGUGUAAACAACCUACCCGACGGUCCUAGCUUCUCACCUUCUGUGAAAGACUUCCCUGUGUCAGAAGAUCCAGAUGAUGAAGAUUUCCCAAUAGUGCUGGGAACGUAUGCUGCUUUGGAUGGUGACACUGGAGAACCAGCUGAAAAUGUGAGGUAUGCUAAAGGUCAUGAUCCUGAUAACUGGCUAACCAUUGAUGAGGAAACUGCUGAGAUUAAACUGACAAAGGCUCCUGAUCGAGAAUCAAAGUUUUUGGUCAAUGGAACCUACUUUGCAAAGAUUAUCUGCAUGACUCAAGAUGUGCCAGCUAAGACAGCGACUGGGACAAUAGCAUUAAAGGUGGAGGACUCGAAUGAUCACUGCCCCACAUUGACCAGCACCUAUCAUCAAACUUGUGAUAAUAAUAAAGUGGUAAAUGUCACGGCUUUCGAUGGGGAUACUGAUCCAAAUGGAGCACCUUAUCAAUUUGUUCUGAUAGAAGAGGAAAGUGUGGGAAAAUGGGAGAUGGUGCCUAUAAACGGAACAACAGUAAGCUUUCAUGCACUGGAGGCUUUGUGGCCAGGCAUGUACAAGCUGGCUGUGAAGGUCUCGGACGCUCAGGGUCUGGCCUGUCCAGACAACCAAAAGUUUGAGAUAGAAGUUUGCAGCUGUGAGAAAAAAGGCUCAUGUGGGCCGAGACUGGCUGCACAGCGUAGCUUACCAUUCAAAAUUGGAACAGCAGCCACUGGCUUGUUUCUCAGUGGCGCAGCUUUGCUCCUGUUGGUACCCUUCCUCCUGAUCUUCUGCCAGUGUGGGACCGUGAGUGAAUUCACAGAUUUGCCCUUUGAAGCUAAAGAAUCUCUCAUUGCAUAUCACACUGAAGGCAUAGGAGAGGACAAGGAGGUUCCUCUUCUCAGCAGUCCUGUUGCUGCAAUAGACCAAAAACAACUGUUCCAGGAUGGAAUAGUUUCCAACUAUGUAUCCAACAAUGUAUCCUCAAUGCCCUUUCAACCAAGUGUCACUAAUGAAAGCAGAACAUUCAACCAGGAAAUAAAUGAAGGGUUUACAGAAACUGACAGCAAAAGGUUUUGGUCCCGGCGAAACACCUUUUCAACAGCCAACCAACGCAACAGUGCUCUCUACUCUACAUCGCUCAUGUUUGAAAAACAAGACAUUUAUGAGGAUAUGGCAGUGGGAGAUGCCUUUCUCAAUGAAUAUUUCUCUCAGAAAGCAAGCUGCCAUGCAGCGAACCCUGCUCUGACAGAUGGUCUUCUGUUGUAUGAGUAUGAGGGUCGAGGCAGCCCGGCUGGCUCUGUUGGUCGUUGCAGCCUCCUUGAGUCUGACAAUGACCUGGAGUUCCUGAACAACCUAGGGUCAAAGUUCCUUACAUUAGCGGAACUAUGCCAUCCUCCAAAGCCUCCUGUACCCCCUCCCAAAACUGAGCAAGUAGUCGAAUCGGUUGAAACCAGCUGCAAAACCGAGAGCUCCGUCAGUACUAGCACCGUCCAGAUUACCAAAACCAUCCCACCUCCACAAGAAGUACAACAAAGCUCUGUUACCAAAGUUGAGACGGUAAAAAAAUCAGCCACGCUUCCAAGUGCCAAAGCAAGCGAGAUGCUUUUUGUGCAACAGCAGCCUCUAUUCUACCUGGUGGAGCAGCAAAUACCAAACACAGUUUUUGUUGAGAGUCCCACUCAGGGUUUGUAUGUAAUAAAUGGGAACCCUGGGACGGAAGGUUUGAUCCUCCAAGGCGGAAACAUUUCACAGGCGACUCUGAGCCGAGGACAACAAGCAAUGUAUGUGAUUAAUGGAGCCCCUGUAGCUGCUAAUCAGCCGAUACAGCUGCAAAUGGAAGGACAGGAACAGGAGACUGUGCUGGGAUUUAGCCCUGUCUCAUCUCCCAUCGGAUCGCCUGGCGGCGUACUGCUAAUGCAGACCCACUUUCAGGAGAACCCAAUGCAGGGGGCGACCAGCAGACCACCAAUUUUGCUUGCUGAUGUUCCAACACUGGGCAAACAAAAGAAAAAGAAGACACCAGCUGAGCCACUGGGUACUAAAAAAGUGGAGCCUAAAGCAAAAUACACUGCGCCAUCUAAAUAAAUAUGAGAAGAUCCAAGAAGAUAAGCCCCAAAGACAGGGUACAAAAUUAAAUCCCAUUUGAGAAGGGGAAAAAUGAUAGAUAGAUAGAUAGAUAGAUAGAUAGAUAGA